GCCUGUCAGUGAAUGUAAAUCCUCCUCCAUGCAUCAUGUGUGCUGCUCUUCACUUCACUGCAGCUUCAUGACGCCAUCUAGUGGACUGAUAGUAGAAGUACAGCAGCUGAUGGCAGCUUCCUCUGCCUCACACUGCUGUCUGGCUGCAUUCACACUGAUAUAUAACAGAGAAUAACAGCCAAUCACAGGAGGAGCAGCUGAUAUUUAGGAUGUGACAGGAGAAAUGAUGUAAAGGAUGAUCUGUGUUUCCUCUCCAGAUGAAGGUAGAAAGUGUGUGUGACUGAUGUGGAUGUGACUUCAGCAGCAUGGAUCAGAGUGAGGACAGAGAGGAGGGAGUCCCUCCCUCUAAAAGCUCUCUGUGUGGGGAACAUGACAGCCAGACCAAAGCUCAGAGAAGAACAAGGAGGCAGCACAGACCAGACUCUGCUGGACCUGGACCUGGACCUGGACCUGGACCUGGACCUGGACCUGGACCUGGACCUGGACCUGGACCUGUACCCAGCUGUGUGUCUAUGAAGAGUGAUCGGUCAAAGGAAGAACUCAUUUUUUUUAAAGAACAACGUCUGGAUGCAACAAGGAGGAAGCUGGACCAACCUGAACCCAGCUGUGUGUCUAUGAGGAGCGAUCGGUCUAUGGAGCAUCCUAAUACCUUCAAAGAUGGACGCCACUCUGAUGAUCACAGCUCAGAGGUUCCCAGUGGUCAGUCUGCCCAGCAGCAUCAAACACAGCUGGACUCCAUAUUUAUGCUGCUGGAGGAGAACAUCGUCACUUUUGUGAAGAACGAGCUGAAGAAGAUGCAGAAGGUUCUGAGUCCAGAUUACCCAGAAUGCUUAGAGAGUCAGAGUGAGGAUGAGGAGGUGUUGAACUGUGAGGAGAAAGAGCAGAGGAGGAGAAGCAGAGAUGCAUUUCUGAAGAUCACACUGCACUUCCUGAGGAGAAUGAAGCAGGAGGAUCUGGCUGAGCGUCUGCAGAGCAGAACUCUUGCUGGCAGGUGUCGACGUAAACUCAAGUCUAACCUGCAGAAGAAGUUCCAGUGUGUGUUUGAGGGGAUCGCUAAAGCAGGAAACCCAACCCUUCUGAAUCAGAUCUACACACCGCUCUACAUCACAGAGGGAGGGACUGCAGAGGUCAAUGAUGAACAUGAGAUCAGACAGAUUGAAACAGCAUCCAGGAAACCAGACAGACCAGAAACAUCAAUCAGACAAGAAGACAUCUUUAAAGCCUCACCUGGAAGAGAUGAACCAAUCAGAACAGUGAUGACAAAGGGAGUGGCUGGCAUUGGGAAAACAGUCUUAACACAGAAGUUCACUCUGGACUGGGCUGAAGACAAAGCCAACCAGGACAUACACUUCACAUUUCCAUUCACUUUCAGAGAGCUGAAUGUGCUGAAAGAGAAAAGGUACAGCUUGGUGGAACUUGUUCAUCACUUCUUUACUGAAACCAAAGAAGCAGGAAUCUGCAGGUUUGAAGAGUUCCAGGUUGUGUUCAUCUUUGACGGUCUGGAUGAGUGUCGACUUCCUCUGGACUUCCACAACAAUGAGAUCCUGACUGAUGUUACAGAGUCCACCUCAGUGGAUGUGCUGCUGACAAACCUCAUCAGGGGGAAACUGCUUCCCUCUGCUCGCCUCUGGAUAACCACACGACCUGCAGCAGCCAAUCAGAUCCCUCCGGAGUGUGUUGGCAUGGUGACAGAGGUCAGAGGGUUCACUGACUCACAGAAGGAGGAGUACUUCAGGAAGAGAUUCAGAGAUGAGGAGCAGGCCAGCACCAUCAUCUCCCACAUCAAGACAUCACGAAGCCUCCACAUCAUGUGCCACAUCCCAGUCUUCUGCUGGAUCACUGCUACAGUUCUGGAGGAUGUGUUGAAAAGCAGAGAGGGAGGAGAGCUGCCCAAGACCCUGACUGAGAUGUACAUCCACUUCCUGGUGCUUCAGUCCAAACUGAAGAAUGUCAAGUAUGAUGGAGGAGCUGAGACAGAUCCACACUGGAGUCCAGAGAGCAGGAAGAUGAUUGAGUCUUUGGGAAAACUGGCUUUUGAGCAGCUGCAGAAAGGCAACCUGAUCUUCUAUGAAUCAGACCUGACAGAGUGUGGCAUCGAUAUCAGAGCAGCCUCAGUGUGCUCAGGAGUGUUCACACAGGUCUUUAAAGAGGAGAGAGGGCUGUACCAGGACAAGGUGUUCUGCUUCGUCCAUCUGAGCCUUCAGGAGUUUCUGGCUGCUCUUCAUGUCCAUCUGACAUUCAUCAAGUCUGGAGUCAAUCUGCUGGCAGGAGAACAAACAACAUCCCAGAAGUCUGAAACUAAACAAGAAUCUGCAGAGACACGUUUCUACCAGAGUGCUGUGGACGAGGCCUUAAAGAGUCCAAAUGGACACCUGGACUUGUUCCUCCGCUUCCUCCUGGGUCUUUCACUGCAGACCAAUCAGACUCUCUUACAAGGCCUGAUGACACAGACAGGAAGUAGCACACAGACCAAUCAGAAAACAGUUGAGUACAUCAAGAAGAAGCUCAGUGAGAAUGUUUCUGCAGAGAGAAGCAUCAAUCUGUUCCACUGUCUGAAUGAACUGAAUGAUCGUUCUCUAGUGGAGGAGAUCCAACAGUCCCUGAGAUCAGGAAGACUCUCCACAGAUAAACUGUCUCCUGCUCAGUGGUCAGCUCUGGUCUUCAUCUUACUGUCAUCAGAAAAAGAUCUGGAUGUGUUUGACCUGAAGAAAUACUCUGCUUCAGAGAAGGCUCUUCUGAGGCUGCUGCCAGUGGUGAAAGCCUCCAACAAAGCUCUGCUGAGUAACUGUAACCUCUCAGAGACAAGCUGUGCAGCUCUGUCCUCAGUUCUCAGCUCCCAGUCCUCUAGUCUGAGAGAUCUGGACCUGAGUAACAACAACCUGCAGGAUUCAGGAGUGACGCAGAUUUCUGCUGGACUGGAGAGUCCACACUGUACACUGAAGACUCUCAGGCUGAGUGGCUGUAACCUCUCAGAGAGAAGCCGUGCAGCUCUGUCCUCAGUUGUCAGCUCCCAGUCCUCUAGUCUGAGAGAUCUGGACCUGAGUCACAACAACCUGCAGGAUUCAGGAGUGAAGCAGCUUUCUGCUGGACUGGAGAGUCCACACUGUGAACUGGAAUCUCUCAGACUGACUGACUGUAACCUCUCAGAGAGAAGCUGUGCAGCUCUGUCCUCAGUUCUCAGCUCCCAGUCCUCUAGUCUGAGAGAUCUGGACCUGAGUAACAACAAUCUGCAGGAUUCAGGAGUGAAGCAGCUUUCUGCUGGACUGGAGAGUCCACACUGUACACUGAAGACUCUCAGGCUGAGUAACUGUAACCUCUCAGAGAGAAGCUGUGCAGCUCUGUCCUCAGUUCUCAGCUCCCAGUCCUCUAGUCUGAGAGAUCUGGACCUGAGUAACAACAACCUGCAGGAUUCAGGAGUGAAGCAGCUUUCUGCUGGACUGGAGAGUCCACACUGUACACUGAAGACUCUCAGCCUGUCAGGAUGUCUGAUCACAGAGGAAGGCUGUGCUUCUCUGGCCUCAGCUCUGAACUCCAACCCCUCCCAUCUGAGAGAGCUGGAUCUGAGCUACAAUCAUCCAGGAGACUCAGGAGAGAAGCUUCUGUCUGCUGGACUGGAGGAUCCACACUGGAGACUGGACACUCUCAGCCUGCAGCCUGCUGGAGUCCGAUGGUUGACACCAGGUCUGAGGAAGUAUUUCUAUGAACUCAAACUGGAUCCAAACACAAUGAACAGAAACCUCAAACUGUCUGAUAACAACAGGAAGGUGACACAUGUGGAGGAGGAUCAGUCAUAUCCUGAUCAUCCAGACAGAUUUGAUGUCUGUGAUCAGCUGCUGAGUAGAAAUGUUCUGACUGGUCGAUGUUACUGGGAGGUCGAGAGGAGAGGAUACGUUAAUAUAUCAGUGAGUUACAGAAGAAUCAGCAGGAAAGGAAACAGUCAUGACUGUUGGUUUGGAUAUAACGAUCAGUCCUGGAGUCUGUACUGCUCUGAUGUUCUUGGUUACUGUGUCCAUCACAAUAACAGACCAACAUCCAUCUCCUCCUCCUCCUCCUCCUCCUCCUCCUCCUCCUCCUCCUCCUCCUCCUCCUCCUCUAACAGAGUAGCAGUGUAUGUGGACUGUCCUGCUGGCACUCUGUCCUUCUACAGAGUGUCCUCUGACACACUGAUCCACCUCCACACCUUCAACACCACAUUCACUGAACCUCUGUGUGCUGGGUUCUGGUGUCUUGGUUCUGGUUCCUCAGUGUCUCUGUGUGGUCUGUAGGAAGGAGAGUCUCCUCCUGUCAGAGAAACGUUCUCAUGUUAUUUAGCACCAACCUGAUCUCUCACUGGUUGUAAAUAGAGUUUCUAAAGCCAACAUGGUUUCCACAUGACUGACAGUUAGUUAGUCAGUCACAUAUAUCCACAUUUAAAAAGCUGUAAAACAGAAGCUGAUUUUCUCAGAGCAGAUAUCUCAGUCUGUUAGAGGACUGUUUGGAGGUUCGGAGGUCGUGGCUUUGAUCCUUAUGAGUCUCAGUCAAUGUUCAAGUCCAACACCCAAAGUGAAACUCAGAAGCUCUCAGAGAGAAAACCACCAGCGGCUCAAAGUUUACUGAAACGUCAAGUUGUGACCGAGCUUUUUAAACAUGUUGGAAGAGUUUAGCCACUAACUAUAACACACAUAAUGACAGUAAGUAUCUGCUGGCCUAGAGAGGAACUUUGGUCUUUCUCCUCUUAUUUGGUUUUUUGGGCUUCUUGUUCAAUGACUUGUUUUUUUAAUCAUAUAGUGGAUUCAGAAACCAACAUGUUUUUAUGUGUGUCUCUACUGGAUGUGCAUGUACAGCUGUCAAUCAACAUGAUGAUUCAUCCAUUCAUCCAUUCAUAGCUUUGUCUGUAAAAUGUCAGAAAAUAGUGAAAAUAUUGUGUUUUUAUUAUUUUACUGUUUAGUUUUAACUUGUUUUUACAGUUUAAUAUUUAGUUUUUAUGUAAAUCACAUUGAAUUGACCCAGUGUAUGAAAUGUGCUAUAUAAAUAAAGCUGUCUUGCCUAAAACGCUGGUUAUAAUCUCACAGAGUCAAAGGCAGCGUCUUUAAAUGUCUCAUUGUGUCUGAACUAAAGUCCAGAACAUCAAAUAUUCAGUUUAUUAUCAUGUCAGACAAAGAAAAGCUUUAAAAUGACUAAAAUGAUGAUGAAGUGCUGAUUAAGUGUUGAUGGAUAAUCAAUGAAUGGACUAAUAGUUGCAGCUCUGGCUGUAUGUGAACAGAAUAUUAGAGGACAAACAGCUGACAGUUUAGCGCCUUACUAAAUAUCCACAAUAAAAAGCUCAUUUACAGGAUAAUUCAUCUGUUUCUAAUCUUUUCACGUUUCUUAUUUGCUGUUUUUGUGUUUUUACCAAGUAAAGUUGAUCAUUUGUAUGUUUGUGUUACUCAGGCAGAAAUAAAUGUAACUGCUGUAUCACCUGUUAUGUCCAAUAAAAAAAGU